GUAUUAGAGCGAUUUCUGCGCUGCGAUUGGCUAGAAGUGCAUAAUUAAAGAAACUAGCCAAUCCCAGAGCAGGAGGCGGGAUUUAGCGGAAUGCGGGUGUGUACAAACUGACAGCCAGUGGUGGGGGUCUGACAUUAGUGACAGAAACAGCAGUAACUUUGUUCCAAGAAGCAUAAAAGUUUCAUCCUUUUAGAAAGUUAUAAUAGAAGAGAACAGAGAAGACAUAGAGAUAGGAAAGGAGAUGAAGAUGAAAAAAGGAGGCAAGGAGAGAGAAAGUGAGUCAGAGGAAAAAGAACAGAAAAGGAGGAAGUGAAGAAAGACAAACAGAACGAUAAAGAGAAGGAGAAAAGAGAGCGGUGAAAGGAGGAGAGAAAAGAGAACAUUAAAAGAAGAAAGAAGAUGGGGAAAGGGAACGAGAAAGAGAUGGCCGUGCGUUUCCGUCUCGCUCUCCUCGGUUCUCUGGGUUCUCUGGGUUCUCUGGGUUCUCCAGGUUCUCCGAGGCGAGGAUGGAGGAGCUUGAGUCUGUUCUCUGGUCCGUCUCCGUCCAGCUGGAGUAAAGUCGUGUCAGACGCGGAGAAGAUCGUGGGAUAUCCGACGUCCUUCAUGAGUCUACGCUGUCUGCUCAGUGACGAGCUCAGCAACGUCGCCAUGCACGUCAGGAAACUGGUGGGGACCAAACACCCGCUGCUCAACACCGCCAGGGGGUUUGUGUAUGACAGUAAACACAAUCUGCAGAUGCGUGGUCUGGUGGUGUUGUUGAUGUCUAAAGCAGCAGGACGGAGCGGCUCGGCAUCUGACGCUCUCCUGCCCGACAUGAUCAGCGGGAUUUACCCCAGUCAGCGUAGCCUGGCCGAGAUCACCGAGCUGAUCCACACGGCGUUCCUGGUGCAUCGUGGGAUUGUGAAUUUAAAGGAGUGGACCUUCUCAGACGGGACGCUCAAGGACAUGCAGUUCGGAAACAAGAUGGCUGUCCUGAGCGGUGACUUCCUGUUGGCCAACGCCUGCACGGGAUUGGCUCAGCUGAACAACACCAAGGUGGUGGAGCUGAUUUCCAGUGCCAUUGGAGACUUAGUGCAGGGCGUCUAUUAUGAAAACUCCAACUCUGCAGAGGAGGGAAAGCUGUCGGUGGCGUCGUGGGAGGACCAAGUGUUCCUCUCCCAUGGUGCAUUGCUGGCUAAGAGCUGCCAGGCGGCGAUGGAGUUGGCGAGACACGACGCAGAGGCUCAGACUCUGGCUUACGAGUACGGAAAACACCUCGCUCUCGCGCACAAGCUGAAUUCGGACCUGCAGCCGUUCAUGAAGAGCGGUUCUGACCCGGUCGUCAUCUCUCUGGAUUCGGCUCCUGCGGUUUUCCACCGGCAGAUCGUUGGACACGAGAUUUGGACGCACCAGUUACAGCAGGCCCAGAACUCGACAACACAGACGGAUUACUCGAAGCUGUGGACUGGGAUUAAAUCGGGGGGCGGAGUGAAGCAGGCUGUUGAUCUCUGCACUCAGCACGGAACCACGGCGCUGGAGGCCAUCCGGCGUUUCCCUCCGUCCGAGGCUCGUUCGGCUCUCGAGAACAUCGCCAGCGCCGUCACCAGGUUCUGAUCGAAGCCGGAAGUCCGGAGUCUGAGCUCCGUCCUCAUCACGUCAGCCAGACAGGUCCGAACGUCUGGAAUCAACUCCAUCGGAGACGGAGCUGGCUGAGAGGAGCAACGGAUCUUUGUAAGAACCAUCGGACGAUUUUACAAGGAUUUUACGUUUUACUUCUAAAGGCACAGAGGCAUCGCCGUGACAACAGCGACAACACGGACAUUUGUUUGCGUGUUUUUAUCGCUUCUUUCCGUUCCGAGUGUGGAUCUGCUAGCACAAGACGUUGCGUUAGCAUUAGCAAUGUUGUUGCUCCUGUUAGGUUUAUUGUAAUGUGCUGACAAAGCUCUUGUCACACACUGUUCAUGUCAUGUGUUGCUUUGGUUGCCAUGGCAAUAAAAUGUGACCCCACCCCCAA